UUUUGUUAUAUUGUAUUUGGAAUCUUUCGUAUAAAAGCAGAGUUUGCGGUCUCAGUAGAAACAGUUGAGAAGCAACUUUUAAAGAAACAUGAAGUUUUUAUUAGUUACUUAUUGCCUCGGUUUGACCAUUUUGGGCGCUACUUACACUUGUGUAAGUGGACAAUCUGAAUUACCCGGAAAUACAACGUUACAACCUUCGGAGGAUAACAGCACUUCUGCCACUCCUGCGAACUCUACGGAAAUUACGCCAACAUUGCUACCUUCGCCAACGCCAACGCCAACUCACAGACCAUCGCACAGACCUCCUCAUCAUUGUCAUCCUCAUCAUGGACACCAUCAUCAUGGGCAUCAUAGACGCGAGCAUGAACACCACCACCAUCAUCACGGACACCACCAUCAUGGGUUUCCAGGAGGAAUCCCAAUUCCCAUUCCUGGAGGAAUUGACAUUCAAUUCUAAACUAUCCAUUCAAAUCUAAAAUAAUACUUGCACCUAAACUCAGAAAAUGUUUCAAAUCUUAUGUAUUUCUUAUUUUCUUAAUUUACUAACUUAUUAAAUCUCUUCAAUUUGCAAAAA